AUGUGGAGGAUUAGUGAGCGAUGGGUGAAGAAUAAUCGUCACCCUAAGAACAAAACGUUCGCCAUUACAGGGAAAGAUCACUCGGUUCUUGCCUAUAGCGACGGUGCUUUAUUACUGUCACUCGCAAUUGUCGACGGUGCCCUAUUCGGUAGCGACACGCUUGAUGACCUUUGGCAGCAGGAAAUACCCCCUGACGAGAAUGAGAAAAUUUAUCGAUGGUACGACUAUUGGCAGAAGAUACUAAUUACUCGAGCAAUUGAUAAGACUAGGAAAGUGUCCCCUUCUAAGCUGAUGACUCGAGGCACUUAUCUGGCAAUCUACAAAGCUUGUUUGCGAAAUGAAGGUUACUACAAAGUUUCUGGUGGCAUGCAUCCGAUUCGACGCUAUCUUGGUAAACGGAUUGAUGGGAAGUACACCGAAACGGAACGAUCGCAGCAUAUCCUGCAAAGUGACCCUCGAAUCUUUGACCUUCAAAAAGUGUUAGAUUUCGCCUCCUGA